CCCCCAUCCAACUCCAUUCACUAAUGCCAUUACACAAAGCAUCUUCUUUCUGUCAAUAACAAAAUGUUGGGGAAGAAGAUAGGCUCAGUCAAGAACCUAGCCAAGAUGGCUAAGGUUUGGAGUGGCACUGAGUCAUCGCAAUCUGAAUGGUUACUCAGGGACGAUGAAAAGCAGACAGAUGUGUCAUCUGAUCACUGUUCUUCACCAUCCACUACACCCCAAACUGGGUUUUUCACGCUUUACAUUGGGGAAGAAAGACGAAGAUUCGUCGUCCCUACGAGUUAUCUGACUCACCCUCUAUUCAAGAUGAUGCUCGAGAAGUCGUCUGAGGAGUUCGGGUUCAGUCAAAAGAAUGGAUUGGUGGUUCCAUGUAGUGUCAAUGCUUUCCAAGAGGUGAUUCAGAUGUACACGUGGAUCGGAUAAAAUCGAUUAUCGGGUGUGUUUCGGCUAGAUCACAAUUUGCAUAUCUUGGCUUGCGAGAUGGAGACAAUAUGUCUCAGGUGGAUAAGCAGAAAAAAGUAGCGGACCUUUAAUGUAAAAACUUUAUAAUGGGAAAGUUAGAAUGUUUUCUGUUUGAGAUCGAAUAAAUUUAUUAAAGUAAGGGUUAGGAAUUUAGGGAUGAACACCAAAUCGGACCCAGAUCAAAACCCGGACUUCUUGUAUAUUCUUGACAAAACUGGACCUUUUAUGGUGUGCUGGUGCAGGUCCGGGUAUGCUAGUUGCAAUUCAUAACUGGGUUUCAAUUUUUGAACCAAUUUGUAAAUGAAAGACAAUUAUGAAUCCGCUUUGUCUACGAACAACUGAACAAGGAAGCUAUAAGUAAUGCAACUAUGAAUCUCAUGGAGAGUUCGAUCCUGGCUCAGGAUGAACGCUAUGCUUAACACAUGCAAGUCGAACGGGAAGUGGUGUUUCUAGUGGCGGACGGAGUAUUUGUUGGACAUCUUUCACCAAUGUCACAUGGUUUAGAAUAUGUAAAUACAAUUAAUUAGUAAUUUGCUCAUAAAUUGUUUUAUUAAUAAAAAAUAAUA